AUUUAAAAAAAAAAACGUCACUUAUAUAGCGAUCAAUUGCUCUUCUCCUAUUGCAGAUUGACAAUUUUAAUUUGUCAAGUCUUUGUUUUUACGCAAUAAGACAUUUUCGGUUAAAUGUAUUUUCAUAAUAAUCUAAGUAUGACCUUAUCCUAGUGAGGACGCUAGUGAAGUGCACAUAGAGCAACACAGAGUUUUUCACGCUGUACAAACCAGUGCAAAUUUCCAUAAAUUUCCGCAAGAAAUUAUCGGUCUUUAAUAAGAUCUCAUCUAUAAAGUCGUCUAUAAUUCUUUAUAUACAUCUCCUAAUAUAUUGUCAUAUAUAUUAUAUUAAAUUAAUAAUCAUAAGAAUGUUUAUUGCUUUUUAUUAACAUGGAAGUUGCUAAUCACAUCGAUACCAUUGACGAAAGUGCAGAUGAAAAUACAAUGAACGACGAAGCUAUUGGUGUAGUUUUGGAAGAGGCAGAAAUAGUGGACUGUGAUGCUGAAGUAGAGGCUGAUGAUGACAACGUACAAUAUCAUCUGUAUGCAAUAAACAGAGGUGACAAUACAGUGGCAUAUAAAGUUAUGCAAGUCAGCAACAAUCACAGAGAGAACAAUGAGGUUUCGAUAGCCACCCCUGUAAACAAUACUGUACAGGUUGUGGCUUCUCCAUUAAAUGGACAAUUCUACGUACUCAGCAAUGGCAAUGAUGUUGUAACGUCGGAGUCUGCAAGAGCUGCCACACCACGUGUAACUAAACUGCAGAUAGAAGGAUCCCAGAAUAUUAUCACAAACGUAAAAAAAAGGGAUGAAAGGCGAAGAGUAACACACAAUGAAGUUGAAAGACGCAGAAGGGAUAAAAUUAACAAUUGGAUUUCUAAAUUAGGGAAGCUCUUGGCAGAUUGUGAUCAAAAUGUUAAUAAAGAGGGAGAUGCAAAAGCGAAUUUUGAACCACAAAGCAAAGGAGGUAUACUAGCACGAGCUUGUGAGUACAUUACCGAAUUAAGAGAAGCUCAAGAAAAACUAUCCCAGAGUAUGGAUGAAAAUGCACAGUUGAUAGAAGAAGCUAAGACUCUUCGACAAGUUAAUCCAAUUUGAAGUGUGGAUCGAGGCUUGAGAUGAAGAGUCUGACAAAUUCUGAAGCUUAUCGAACACGGCAAUGCUACAGAAGAUAAGUUGAAGUUUCGAGUUGGCCAUCUCGUAAAUACUUGGGAUUCGAUAUCAUCAGGAAAUAAUGCGGCGGGAAAAACUGUCAUAUAAUAUUUGAUUCGGAUCGAAAAUACGCGAUACAAUAUAGACAAAAUGCAGCAUCCAAAAGCAGGCUUGUGUCGUCUAUUGUCCAUGUCGCAACGUAAGCGAGGAAGAAGAAACGACCAUCAGCGCCGAGAAAAACUGGUCCUGGAAGAACCUGCCUCAGACACAUGAGAACCCGUGUAUUCGAGAGGAGAUCAAGGCGUCUCAGACACGCGGAAAAGACGACGAUGAGAUCGAUUUUGAUUAUUCGCUGUAAUCGCUAUUCCAUUAAACAAGAUUGAAUAAUCUCCCUUGAUUUUGAAGAUCAGCUGUUCGAAUAAGUAAAUUGUUUUUCAUUCAUUUAAAAUCAUUAUUUUUUUUUUAUAAGGAUUGCUCUUUUGUCAUAUUUGUCAUAAAAUAACAAUAACUAUUAUAAUUUUAAAACAUGCAUAUAUUAUAUAUUAUACCUAGAUUACCUCUUAUAUUAAAUUGUUUCUAAAAUUUUUUCCUGGCUCGGAUAUGUGUGAAAUAUGUUGUAUAUAUAAAUAUGUAAAAUUAGUUUCGAAUAUCUCUUUAGACGUGUAUUUUAAUAACAAAGCUACUUGAAAUUGUUUAAAGCAUAUGUGGGUGCACAAGUCGAGUGCUUGCGAUCGCUGCGCAAUUCGCGUGUAUUUUUGUCUCGAUCGAUACCACUUCGUUCGACGUUAGAAACACGAAAUACUCGUCCGGUGCGAUAUUAAAUCGCCGCCUUUUACCUCGCUCUGGUCAUGAAAAAUUUCAUUACAAUUGAUAAAGGUAGCUGAGGCUUGCUCGUGCAUUGCGAUGUCCCGUAUGCGUUUCCAUUUACAAAGAUAUCUCAUGACACACGACGCACCGAUUUUUUUCGUUCUCUACGAGAAGUAAGUAUGUAAACCACGCGCGCGCACGAUUAUAUAACACAAUGUGUUCGUUUUUAAAACAGUUAUCUAGAAAAAAAGCGUAACACAACGAUAACAUUUAUGACGCCGAGCUUACGUGACUCGGAGUGGAUGGGUAUUUGCAAAAACAACACGUCCGCAGUUUAUUGCAAAAUUGCGCUGUAAUUGCUAUCAAUUUAUUAAUUCGCAAUCGAGCUUUUACUACGCAUGUUGCCAAAUUUUUUAAUGGAUAUCUUGUUGAAUUAAUAUCAAACGCCCAAUAACUUUUGCACGUUUACUGCUCGAUGAACUUCAACGCAUGCGUGUAUGUUAAUAGGUGUUUAAUCGUUCGGCAACCACCCAGCAGGGAAAAUUGAAAUUCUAUUUGUAUUUUGUUGCUUGUUCGAUUUACUCGUAAUAUAGCACGAGAAUUUGGUGGUAGGUUAUUAUAUGUAUAUAACAAGCAUAUAUAUGUAUAUAUAACGUCUCGUGAGUUUCGAGAACUCUGGUUGGUAAGCAUAAAUUCGAUGUAAUUUGUGCAAACUGGUAGAAACUUGCUUGUAAAUGUUAUAAUUAAUGUAUAUAUUAAAUAAUGGUCUUAAUAAAUAAUGAUCU